AAGAAUACAGGAAAGCGCGUGGUCGCGUGCCAUGACGUCACAGCGCACGCCAAGAGAUCCCCGCAAGUUACGUGAACGCGCCGUCAGUGACGUCAUCGCCUGACCCACUUGGAGGCUCGGCAGCCAACAGACGCGCAGAGGAGGGAACGUCGAACACCGAGUGGACGUCGUGAGAGAACACAAGAGUGAAAUAAGGUGACGUCGUGAGGGAAAAUAAGAGUGAAAUAAGGUGGUCCAGCGAGCGUGUGAACCAUGUCCCAGGACAAGAGUGGCUACCCUGUCAUGGGGGAGACACAUCCCAUCCACAGCAACGUGUACGGACCCCCACAGCCGGGCUUCGGCAUGCCCCCGCCCAACUACAGCCAGGGCCCCGGAGGACCGUACCCGCCGGCAGCUGGCUACGGGCAGCCGGGGUUCCCCCAGGCGGGCUUUGGCCCCCCCGGCCCCUAUCCUCAGAUGCCUUACCCCCAGAUGCCCUACCCGCAGGGGCCCUACCCGCAGGGGCCCUACCAAGGACCCGGGCAGCCAGGCUUUCCCGGAGACCCCUCUGCACCUGGGGGCAGCCCUGGUUACCACGGCGACGUGCCUCCAACCUACUACGACAACGAGGACUUCACCAACUCCGGCUUCGAGGACAAGAGCAUCCGACAGGCCUUCAUCCGCAAAGUGUUCCUGGUUCUGACCGUGCAGCUGAUGGUCACCUUCUCCUUCGUGGCCAUCUUCACCUUCGUGGACGAGGCCAAGGUCUUUGUGCGCAGGAACCCCUGGACCUACUACAUCUCCUACGUGGUCUUCUUGGUGGCGCUCAUCGUGCUCAGCUGCUGCGGGGACUUCCGCCGCAAGCACCCCUGGAACCUGGUGGCACUGUCCAUCCUGACCCUGAGCCUGUCCUACAUGGUGGGCAUGAUCGCCAGCUUCUAUGACACGGACACCGUCAUCAUGGCCGUGGGCAUCACCGCCGUGGUCUGCUUCACCGUGGUCCUCUUCUCGCUACAGAGCAAAUAUGACUUCACUUCCUGUCAAGGCGUGCUGUUUGUGUGCCUGAUCGUGCUCCUGCUCUUCGGCAUCCUGUGCAUGUUCAUCCGCCACAGGAUCCUGCACAUCGUCUACGCCUCCCUGGGGGCGCUCCUGUUCACCUGCUUCCUGGCCGUGGACACUCAGCUGCUGCUGGGCAACAAGAAGUUGUCCCUCAGCCCCGAGGAGUACGUCUUUGCUGCCCUCAACCUCUACACGGACAUCAUCAACAUCUUCCUCUACAUCCUGGCCAUCGUGGGCCGCUCCCGCGACUGAUGCUGCUGCACGCCAUCACGUGACCUCACGCUCAUUCUGUCAUCUUCCCUCUCACUUUAAAACCUCUACUAACACGGAACAGUUUGGCGUGAAGCUUAACUUUGUCCCGCUCUUGUUUUGGCAGGCGAGGUAGACGCUGAUACUGACAACUUGGCUCGCAGAUACAAGCUCCGAGUAUUCCCCACAUGCAAGUCUUUUAUUCACUUAAAACAACUCUUUUAUGCAAGUACAAAAAGGAUUCUGAAGUAUAAAAGAAAUGUUCUUCAAUUAAAAAAACGAUUUGUAAGUAUAAGAACAAUUUUCUUCAAUUAAAAAAAUGAUUCACAAGUAUAAAAACUAUUUUCUGCAAGUAAAAAAAAUCAUGCGCAAGUAUACUUUUUUUUUUCCUUCAAUUUAAAAAUUGUUCACAAGUAUGAAAACAAUUUCUUGCAAGUAAAAACAACUUUGCAAGUAUAAAAACUAUUUUCUUCAUUUAAAAAAUGAUUUUCAAGUAUAAAAACUAUUUUCUCGAAGUAAAAACAAAAAGAUUUGCAUGUAUAAAAAAAUGUUUCUGCAAGUAAGAAAAACAGUUCGCAGGUAUAAAAACCAUUUUUUGCAAGUAGAAAAACUUUGCAGGUAUAAAAACUAUUUUCUCCAAUUAAAAAAAUGAUUCGCAAGUAUAAAAACAGUUUUCUCCAAGUAAAAAAAAAUGAUUGGCAAGAAUAAAAAAAUGUUUCUGCAAAUAAAAAAAGUGAUUUGCAAGUAUAAAAACAAUUUUGUCCAAUUAAAAAAUGUUUUUUUAAAAAUCCGCAAGUAUAAAAAGUAUUUCUUGCAAGUAAAUACAACUUUGCAAGUAUAAAAACUAUUUUGUCCAAUUAAAAAAAAUGAUUCGCAAGUAUAAACUGUUUUCUCUAAGUAAAAAAAUGAUUGGCAAGUAUAAAAAUAUGUUUCUGCAAAUUAAAAAAAUUCUUUGCAAGUAUAAAAAUAAUUGUCCGAAAGUUUAAAAAAAUUCCCAAGUAUAAAAACAAUUAUGUCCAAUUAAAAAAAUAAAAAAAAUAAAAAAAAAUAUUGGCAAGUAUAAAAAAAAAUCCGAAAGUAUUGGAACAGUUGUCUGAAAGUUUAUAAAAAAUUUAAAAAAACAGUUUGUAAGUAAAAAAAACUAUUGUCCAAAAGUAAAAGAAAACAAUUCACAAGUGUAUAAACAAUUUUGUCCAAUUAAAAAAAACUAUUGGCAAGUAUAAAAAAAAUGAUCCGAAAGUAUUAAAAACAAUUGUCCGAAACAGUUUGCAAGUAUAAAAAACAAUUUUCUGCAAGUAAAAAAACUAUUUGCAAAUAUAAAAACUAUUGUCCAAAAGUAAAAGAAAACAGUUUGCAAGUAUAAAAACAAUUAUUUGCAAGUAUAAAAACUAUUUUCUGCAAGUUAAAACUUUGGGCAGCCCUGUGCGAUGCUCACACUUGCACCUGCAAUUACACUCCACAACCACAGGUGGUGCUGCUGAGUCACAGCUACUGUUUCUUCCAGCUGACCACAACAGCAUAGCAACACAAUAUGCAGGCAUUAAUAAAUAUCAAACAAGGAGGGCAUAGUGUUAACUUACAGGUUGAGAUUGUUUACUUUCUCCUUUGUCCGCCAUUUCACUGCCCAUUAUGCUGCUGCUUCUUUGCAGCGCCCCCUGUGGUUGUAGAGUGUACUUACAGGUGCUUUGGAAUAUUACUGCCAAGAGUUUGAACUUGAAGAAAAUACUUUUUUUACUUGCAGAAAAUUGUUUUUUUUUGCUUGCGAAUCAUUUUUUUUUUAAAUGAGUAAAAACGUACUUACUUGCGAAUGGUUGGGCGCCAGUAAAACACUGUGGACUCUUGGCGGUCAUUUCACUCCAUGCAUCUGUCCCUCGCCAGCCCACUAACUGCAUGGUAACCAUGGAAACGGCACUAAUGAUGAUUCUCCUCACCCGUCAAGUGAGGAAUAAGUUGUAAAUAUUAGGUGUACCACUAUAUUCUAAAUGGAAUGGCCGUGUUGACAUCCAUUCCUUUUUUUUCUUGCUUGGUCCUUGGCGUGAAGUGAACGCUUCUGUACUGUGUUUCCUUCCUUCACCUUUCAAUGAGUUAUUAUUGAAGUAUGGGGCAAAGCUGCUCCCCAUUUUGAAGUUUUAAUGAAGUAGCCGGACGCUGGAAUCACAUGCUGUGAAGAAUUGGCAUGCUAACUUAUUUAUUUAUCCGUCUACCGGCUGCUGUAGCAUCAUUUUAACAACUAGAACAAACUACCCUGGGGGUUUGUCAUGGUUUCAUUUGAGUUUGAGCCUGCUGUGGCCAUGUCACUUUGUCACGGGCAGCGAAAGGUGUGUACAUAGAAGUGCAACGUGCUUUGGUGUGUAUAGACGAGGUACUUUUGGACUGUGUAGGUUUGUUUGGCUUUGUACAUAUUCCUGUAGAGUGAAAUUGCAUUCCUCACUGUUCUUGGCUUCACAUAAAAACGUACCAUGUGGAAAA